AUGGACAAGGAGGUAGGGCCUUACGAAGUAGCCAAUGUUGAGGAGAUACUGAUUGGCUGGCCAGAUACACCUCAGCGACACAAGCAUGCACGCGCUCUGCGAUCUGUCCUCCAGCGAGGGCUGUUGGAUAGUGUGGACAAAAGAUUGCUGAAUCUCUCAAGUCGUCUUGUUGAGAUAAUCAAAAAGAAUAGCGGAGCCCUAGUCUUGAAAUUUGAGAAUGGCCAUACUGAUGAAGUUGACUUGCUUGUGGGCGCAGAUGGAGUUCGAUCAGUCGUCCGGGGAUUUUCUUUUCCCGAUCAUCGCAUCGGUUACACAGGCCGGACAGCAUACCGAGCUCUAGUAGAUGCAGACAAGCUCCUGAGAAUUCCCAACUUUCCUGAUGCUGUGACAUUUUGGCAUGGUCCUCAAGAUUGGGUGUAUACCUGCAAUCUAAACAACAAUAUUUACGAGGUAACUACAAUGGCAGCGGUACCAGGAGAAAUUUCCAAGGUGAGCUGGGGUGAAGAGGCCGCAUUGGAAGAGUUCAGGAAGCCAUACAAGGAAUUUGCACCUAUCGUUCAAGCAGUCUUGGAUGAAGUCAAGACGGUUACGAGAUUUGCUUUGUUUGCAGGACCUCGACUCUCUAGUGUGACUUCGCUUGGAUCUAUUGCAUUGGUAGGCGACGCAUCGCAUCCAUUAUCUGGUGCAUUCGGUGCUGGAGCUGGGUUUGCUCUAGAGGACGUUUUUGUACUUGCCCAGGCUGUUAAAUGGACAUAUGAAAAAGGCACUCCUCUGCGUGAUGGUUUGGACCUUUUUGAUAGAAUUCGUUCGCCACAUUAUGAGAAUUUGUAUGGCAUACUAGAUGAAUUCGCCAAAUCUGACGCCACUAUCAGAGAGGAUGCCUCAUUUGACGAUGCUGUGUCUAUCACGGUCGCAAACAAAUGGAACAAGGAGACCAAUUGGCUUUACGACUACGAUAUACUGGAUGUCUGGAAGAAGGCGUCUCAGGCCGAAGAAGCCAUUCUUGCUCGGCUUUAG